AUGACUAAUGGAAAAUUAAACUUCAUCUUUGUUUACGCAACUUUGGCGGCACUGGUCCACUCUCAGAAUUCUGAAUCCCUUGUUGGCGUAAACCUGAAUGUAGACCAAAGUGGUAUAUUUGAGGUAGGGGCAACAUUGGAACACAAAAUUCAACAUAAGGAUACCAGUUCCAGUGUUUCAGUGUCUGCCAAUGUUAACUCUGAUGGCGAAUGGGGUGUCGGAUUCAGCUUUAACAAGGAGUUCAAAAGGUCAACCGGUGAGAAUAAGCAUACCGGACGUUACGUCGUUUGGAUUGUAGCCAAUCAGUGUAACUUCCGCACAUAUGAUCAGAAUGGGGACAAUCUCAUAAGUCUGGACGAGAUGAAGGCGCUGUUUGUUGAUCCAGACUUUGGAAUUAAACUUUUCAACGAUCUGAAUUCUAAUAAUGGAAUAAGAGUAAUAACUGAACAGGAAUUCAACAUGAAAACUCCCCACGUGAUCAAAGGAUGUGACGUCAUCGACGCGGUAGCGAAGGUACACCCAACAAUUGAACAAAUCAGGCAAAACACCAAACAAAUCUUGGAUAUUAUUCGUUCGGAAAACAUAACAGAAAGUGGAUAAACUCAUUCUAUUUAGAUCUUUAAUUUCAUUAUUGGCCUUUUUGCAAAGUUUUGAUUUGUUGUUAUUGUGCAUUUCUGCAAUAGGCAUUUCUAUUCAUUUGGUUCUUAAACAUUAUGCUUUUAAAAGUGUCUGAAUUGAA